AUGGACCCCGUCAUCAUAACGCCCGAUGACGUAGCUGAGGCGGUCCGUAGGGCCCCGAACUGGAAAAGUCCGAGACUCGACGUACUGCAUGACGGGUUAGUGGUGUGUCACGCUGUGCUCACCCGACAGUUUCAAGAGGCUCUCGACCAAAAGUCGCUCCCGAGCCUCUUCCCUACUGGGAUCACUCAUUUGGUUCCUAAAGAUCGGGAUUCCAUAGAUCCGAGCAAAUACCUCCCCAUAACGUGUCUACCUAUCAUAUACAAGACACUAACAUCCAUUUUGAGCGCGAGAAUCACUCGUCACCUGAACUCAAAUCAGGUGAUGUCGCGCGCUCAGAACGGAUGUAGGUGUGGUGGUCGUGGAAGCAAGGAACCACUCCUCAUUGACGCGGUCAUUGGCAAGGUGGUUAAACACAACCGUCGGAACCUCUCCGCCGCCUGGAUAGACUACAAAAAGACAUUCGAUUCGGUGCCUCAUACAUGGCUUAAGAGGGUCUUCGAGUUGUACAAGGUUAACUGUACAGUUCGAGACUUCCUCGAGCAGUGUAUGGGGCAGUGGAGUACGAUUCUUUGUCAUCUAGGCAGCGGAUGA